CAACUUUGUAUAUUUAAGUUCGUGUUCACAUAUUUAUAUCAGUAGUAUAUAUAUGUAUGACAUCCUCUUCCUGCAUUUGCUCCCUAUAUUCCUCAUUAUUAUUAGUCAUGGGGGGAGAGAAGAAGUUUUGCAAGUCGUGGAGCGACAUGAAGAAACACUUAAACGACACCGUUUCCAAGAGCUUCGCCGGUCGUUUCUUCAAGCUAGAAGCAAGAAAAACAACUUUCACGACUGAACUCCGAGCUGCAACCGCCACAUUCCUCACCAUGGCUUACAUCAUUACCGUCAACGCCAAUAUCUUAGCCGACUCCGGUGCCACAUGCUCCUUCAACGACUGUUCUACAGUGGCCGGUUCUUCACCACCGGGGCCAGACUGCGUACUUGGUUCUAACCCUGGCUACGAAGAAUGUAUUUCCAGGGUUAAAAAGGACCUUGUUGUGGCUACUUCUUUAUCAGCCAUGGUUGGUUCAUUAGCAAUGGGUUUGUUAGCUAAUCUCCCUUUUGGACUUGCUCCCGGUAUGGGAGCCAACGCUUACAUCGCGUACAACGUAGUUGGCUUUCGUGGCUCCGGUUCAAUCUCUUACCAUACAGCUAUGGCCAUCGUGCUUCUUGAAGGAUGCGCGUUUCUCGCUGUGUCCGCUCUAGGACUCCGCGGGAAGCUAGCCCGUCUCAUCCCUCAAACGGUGAGACUAGCAUGCGCCGUUGGUAUAGGAAUGUUCAUCGCUUUUGUUGGUUUGCAAAUGAACCAAGGCAUUGGGCUCGUUGGACCGGAUAAGUCAACGUUAGUAACGUUAACCGCGUGUGCGAAGAUGGACCCCGUUACGGGAGCUUGUCUAGGAGGGAAAAUGAAGAGUUCUACGUUUUGGUUAGCAGCUGUUGGGUUUCUCAUAACGAGCUAUGGUCUAAUGAAGAACGUCAAAGGUAGUAUGAUUUACGGAAUCGUGUUCGUUACGGCUGUUUCUUGGAUUAGAGGCACUGAAGUCACAAUCUUUCCACACACUCCUCUCGGAGACUCAAACUACAAAUACUUCACAAAAAUCGUUGACUUUCACAAGAUCCAGUCAACGUUAGGAGCUAUAAGCUUCACGGAGUUUAAAAACAGCGAGGUUUGGGUUGCGUUCGUUACACUCUUCUACGUUGACCUCCUCGGCACGACCGGAGUACUCUACACGAUGGCUGAGAUCGGAGGCUUCGUGGAAGACGGGAAGUUCGAAGGAGAGUACAUGGCUUACCUAGUCGACGCAGGGUCCUCCGUGGUGGGAUCGGCGUUAGGGGUCACUACAACGGCGACGUUCGUGGAGUCAUCGGCGGGGUUGAAAGAAGGAGGGAGGACAGGGCUAACGGCCGUUAUCGUCGGAGUUUAUUUCUUGGCGUCGAUGUUUCUGACGCCGUUAGUUACUAACGUGCCGAGGUGGGCGGUUGGGCCGUCGUUGGUGAUGGUUGGUGUGAUGAUGAUGGGAGUUGUGAAAGAUAUCAGAUGGGGAGAGACUAAGGAAGCUGUUACGGCCUUUGUGACGAUCUUGCUUAUGCCGUUGACUUAUUCCAUUGCUAAUGGGAUUAUUGCUGGUAUUGGUAUAUAUCUUGCUCUAAGCAUGUACGAUGUCGUUUUGGGAGUUGUGAAUUGGCUUAAUGGGGUUAGGAAACGGGUUAUGAGAGAGCAUAAUCAAGUUUCAUCCGUUGCUACCGUUGAGAUUGUUUGAUUAUUGACGAUAUCACAAAACCGGUUUUAGUGGUGUGUGAGUGUACACCGGGAGUGGUGGAGCUUUUCACAUGGUCGGUCGUUGGAUGACCAUGCAAAGACCCGUCAUGAUUGCUCGGUGGUUUUUUUUUUCUCUGUUUUUCUUUUUUUUUUUUUGGUUUAGUUUGCGUAGGCGAGAGUAGUGAAGUAACAUCGGAUGCAUCAGCUGCCAUGAACGUGUGUUCGAUAAUUCAUGGCUGCUUGUGCAUGCAUUGUUUGUACUUUGUAGGGUUUAAUGUUUCAACUAAAUGGCAUCUUUUGUUUGUAGCAAAUAUUUCAAUCAAAGACGUUUGGAUCCUAAA